CAGUCCUGAUCUUUCAGUACGUGUUCUUCCUGAUCUCUCUCUCUCUCUCUCUCUUAGUUUGAACUUUUCUGCAGUGCUAGCUGCCGACCGAAGUUCCAUCCAUUUUCUUGGAAAUUAAUAGAAACAUGGCGAAGCCCGGAUGCUGCAGCGGCUUCCUCGAAGCCUCGAAACCGUACUUUGCAAUGAUAUCGUUACAAUUCGGCUAUGCCGGAAUGAACAUCCUUAGUAAAGUUUCUCUCAACGGAGGGAUGAGCCACUACGUGCUGGUGGUUUAUCGCCAUGCCUUUGCAACUGCGGUCAUCGCCCCCUUCGCUUUCAUUUUCGAGAGGAAAGCGCAGCCAAGGAUUACAUUUCCAGUAUUUGUGCAGAUAUUUUUCCUCGCUCUUCUUGGUCCGGUGAUUGAUCAGAACUUCUAUUAUGCGGGGCUGAAAUAUACGUCGCCAACUUUCUCAUGCGCAAUAAGCAACAUGCUCCCUGCCAUGACGUUUGUCAUGGCAGUCAUAUUCAGGAUGGAGAAGAUGAGCCUGAAGAAAGUAAGGUGCCAAGCAAAGAUAGUGGGAACCGCAGUGACAGUGGCUGGGGCUAUGCUAAUGACUUUGUACAAAGGACCCAUAGUGGAGAUGGUUUGGUCGAAGCACAUCCAUCCUCCUAAAUCUUAUGCGACAAAUUCCUCUGCAAACAGCGACAAGGACUGGUUCAAGGGCUCCAUCUUUCUUAUCAUCGCUACCCUUGCCUGGUCGGGCCUUUUUGUUUUGCAAACACAUGCGUUGAAGACAUACAAGAAUCAUCAGCUGUCUCUUACAUCUCUGGUGUGCUUUGUGGGCACUCUUCAAGCCAUUGCUGUCACCUUUGUCAUGGAGCACAAAACCUCAGUUUGGAAAAUUGGCUUUGACAUGAAUCUCCUUGCUGCCGCCUAUGCUGGAAUCGUGACAUCAAGCAUUUCAUACUAUGUCCAAGGGCUAGUGAUAAAGAAAAAAGGACCCGUCUUUGCAACUGCUUUUAGCCCCUUGAUGAUGAUAAUUGUAGCCAUUCUGGGCUCCUUCAUCCUGGCAGAGAAGAUCUUUCUUGGAGGUGUGCUGGGUUCUAUCUUGAUUGUAAUGGGACUUUACUCAGUCCUAUGGGGAAAGCACAAAGAGAGUGUGGAGAAUAAAGCUCAUGCGGAAGAGAUACCAGAUGCUAUAAAGGUUGCUCAAGUAAGUGGGAAGCUGGCUGUUACAAUAAUCGGGGAUAUUGAAGCAAAUGAAAUCCAAAUGGGAAAGGGAUCAUCAGAUGAUCAUCAAGAAUUAGCGGCCACUAACAAAGAUCUCGUCUGCUGCCGUUAGCAAUAUGCCAAAAUGAAUUCCAGAUCAUCGAGCUGGCAACUCGGUCCUAUGCAUGCAUGAAAUUAAGCUAGCCAGCCAAGACACAAAAUGAUCAUAUCAUAGAGCCAUAGGGACGGAUGGAUAUUGCAUGGGGAUGGGCUUUUUGUCUUAUUCAUCCCCCAUUUUGUUAUCUUUUUUUUUUUUUUUU